AUGUUUCGUACAAUGCUGACUUAUAUUGGCUACUGUUGUAAAUUUGAUUUAACUUAUUUCAGUUUACACGCUGAAGAAGAAACGAACUACGCAGCUGGUACAGAGAUAAGUGAAGGCUUGGAUAUAACAGUAAAUACAGAUAAAUACUAUAGCAACGGCACUCAGAGUGAUGGCUAUGCAUCAUUGUAUGUCCUCGACAAGGACGACAAGAUAACGAUCUUAGACAACGCUAUAACAAUCACAACAGCGGCAUAUUUUGAUGCCACAAUCGCCGUGUGGCUAAUGGAUUCCUCCGCAGAUGUUCAAUCUCUCUCGCUAUCUAUUAGAAAGUGUUUUCUAGAUACUGAUUCAAAAACUGGAGCUACUUCUUACCAAAACUGUAUGAUGAGUUUAGUUAUGAAGAAAAUCAUCGAAUAUUGUCAAUGUAUACCUUUUAAUUUUGAAGCCGGCGUAAUGUCUCUUGAAGAUUUUCCUGCGUGCUCUUGGGGCCGGCUUAUUUGUGUUUACAAUUCUUUGGAAUUCAUACAAGGUAAUAUACGUGAAGUCGUUUCUAAUAACGUUUGCUAUCAGAACUGUGACUACAUAGAGUACGAGACAGAAGUCGAAUAUUUAAAACAAGACCGAACAUCAAGUGUAGUUAACAAUCUCGUAAAAAACAGUCGGGUAACUGUUCAUUUUAAAGACAACAGCUGUAUGAAGUACAGACGUGAAGUGCUGUACACCUGGGAUCAAAUGUUGGCUAAUCUUGGCGGCGUAUUCGGACUGUGUCUCGGGGGUUCAAUAAUAAGCAUUAUAGAGAUUAUUUGGUUUAUUUUGGAUCUGAUGUACACGUGCUGCGUUAGUUGUAAAACUGACAGAGUUACCCCGCAGAGUCACCGCAUGGUUAAAGAGGUUUUUACUAUAUCCAAUAAAGAACACGCCAGCAAACAACUAAACAGAAAAAGAAUAAUCAUUCCAAGGUUUAAAUUCACACAAUAA